GUUCUUCUAUCCCUGGUCUCUCCAUUAAUCAGCUUCACCUCAUUAUUUCUGUGUGACAGGCCAUGUUGGCCGGGUCCUGUUAGCCUUUGUUUCUCUUUCCAGGUGUUGAGUCAAGUCAAUAAGGUACCAAAUAGGUGCUCUAAUAGUCAGUAUGUUGAUGGAAGAGUAGUCUCUGUGGAAUGUAAAGUUUGUCUGCAUAUUAAUCAUUCUACCAUGGAGCUGAAAGUUGAUGAAUCAUCUGGAGAAAUCUGUGGUAAUAAUGCCAUGUAUUUCUCUGCCAAUGAUGUUUCAUCUUCUAGCAAGAAUGGAAAGGGUGAAGCAUGGGGAAACUGUGAAACAAACAAUUUAAUCAGCAUAAAUUCAAGUUAUGAUUCUUCCUCGGCAAAUUCAGAGCAUAAGGUGUUGUGCGCAAGGACUUCUGAUGUAUCAGCUACAUCGGAUGGUACAGCUCCAACUCUGGAGGCCCCUAAAGCAUUAGAAGAGUAUGAUGAUAGUAUACCAUGUGCAAUAAGAGGUGGGGAAGCCAAUAAAAUUUCCAAAUUGAAUGAGGAAGAGAGUAUAAACCCACCAUGUACAGUAAACCUGGCAGAGGAAUCUAUAAAACAUCCAAAAGACCAUCUUAAUUUGGUAGUGAAAGAUGAAGUGGCACCUGGCAUUGGUGGUAACCCACCGGAUGAUGCUUGCAUUACAGGAAAAAGUGAAGGCUUGGAUAAGGUCAUGCACUCUUCCGUCUUACCAGAUAUGCAUGCAAAUUCUUCAGAAACCCAUGCGAAUAAUGGGAGUGACGACUCUGACAUUGAGGAGCAUGAUGUGAAAGUUUGUGAUAUAUGUGGGGAUGCAGGUCGAGAGGAUUUACUUGCCAUAUGUUGUAGAUGUACUGAUGGGGCUGAACAUACUUAUUGCAUGCGAGAAAUGCUUGAGAAAGUUCCAGAGGGUGAUUGGCUAUGUGAAGAAUGCAAAUCUGAGAAGGAAAUUGAAAAUCAAAAGCAAUAUAAAACUGGCAGGGCUGGUGGAAAUGAAAAUGGUUAUUCUUCUGGACAAACAGCUAUUACUAAUUCUGAGCACCAUGAGACAGAAACUAAAGCUUCUGAUUUUGUUGGAGGCACAGCUGUUAAAGAAUGCUCUCAGGGAAAAGUAUCUAGCACAAGGAUUACAUACGAUAGUGAAGCUAUUUCUGCUGCAAAGAAGCAAGUUCUUGAACCGCUUUCAGGCUCACCAAAGGCAGAAAGUCCCAAUCGGGUUCCUAUGCUCUCUCGUGAAAGUUCAUUUAAGAACUUGGAGAAAGGAAAAGUGAAAUCUGUACAUCAGUUUGGUGUGGUUAAUGACUCUUCAGCUUCAGGUCCCCGGAUGCAAACUUCUCGAGGUACUUUCUCAAAGUCCAAUUCAUUCAGUUCCCUAAUAGCCAAGCCAAAAGUCAAACUUGUGGAUGAAGUUUUUCCUGCAAAGCAGAAAUUGUCGAGGGAAACUGCUUUUAUUGAAUCAAAAGAGGUAGCUGUUAGAUCAAUGGGCAAAUCUAUGUCCUUCAAGCCGACAACCGCAAGCCGUUCUAACUGCACUGAAUCAAAAGUGAAGAUGUUCUCUCCCAAGUUUUCUCAUGAUCAGGAUGUAAAAUGGUUAAGACAUAAAAAAGACCGAAGUUCCUUUGACAGGAAGAAUUCUCUAAGAUCAGACCGCUUGGCUGGUGGUGCCAUUUCUUCUCCCAAAAGUGAUAAUAAACCAACACCUCGUGGUGAACCUUCCUCACUAUCUUCCCUGAACACUAAUAGAGACUACCGGGCUUUGACUUCUGACAACAAACCAGUGACCAUCUCAAAUUCAACAAGUGGGGUUGCUCGCGAAGUUUUGAAGCAGGCAUCAGUUGAUGGAGUUUCAUCUGCCAAUAGAGUUAGCAGUUCUGAAGAAAAUCCUAGUCAGGCAAUUCCAAAGGAGGAUUCCUCAUCCAGUUCUUGUGUUGCUGAGAGACCAUCAUGGAGUUCUAAUGAAGUUCUACCAGAUGGGUUGUCUCAGUCCAAGGAAUCAAAAGCUUUUGGUGACAAGACAAGGGAAAGUUCUGCAAGUCGGUCAAAACAGAACAGCACUGCCAGUGGAAAAAUUGUUUCAUGUCAGAAAUGCAAAGGAAAUGGUCAUUUAGCACAGGUUUGCACAGCUGACGGACCUGAAUCAUCUGCUUUAGGUUCACCUUUUAAAAGUUCUAGAGAGGCCACAAAUGGUCCAAGUGAUUUGAAAGCUGCCAUUGAGGCUGCUAGGCUCAGGAAACCUGGAAUAUGCAGGAAGAAUAGAGUUGCUGAUCAAUCUGAGGACUUAUCAGCAUCGAACAUGAAAAGUGAAAUAGCUUCCCAAGAUCAGAUGCUCUCUUCAACUGUCAGGAGAAAUGUUAAUGGUGCUGAGGAGGCACAAAAGCAGGAAACUGCAAAUAAUGCAAAGCAAUUAGGAAUUAUUGCUGAAGCUUCUGCAAGAACCAGAAAUGCAGGUCAUGUUGUAUUUUCUGAUGUAAAGCAUUCUGUAAUUGACAUGGAACGUCAGACUCUGGUAUCAAUGCCCGUUAUUCUGAAAACAGCCAUUCCAGAGUACCAGUAUAUAUGGCAAGGAGGUUUCGAGGUUCAAAAGAGUGGGAAAGCCUUCAAUCUCUAUGAUGGAAUUCAGGCCCAUUUAUCAAGUUGUGCAUCUCCUAAGGUUCUUGAUGCUGUAAACAAAUUCCCUCGAAAGGUCAUAUUGAAUGAAGUACCCCGUUUGAGUAGCUGGCCAAUGCAGUUCAAGGAGUGUGGUGUUAGUGAAGAUAACGUAGCCCUCUUCUUUUUUGCUAAAGAUAUAGGGAGCUAUGAGAAGAGCUACAAAGUUUUGCUCGGGGAUAUGGUGAAGCAUGAUCUGGCUCUUCAGGGGAACAUUGGAGACAUUGAACUACUGAUAUUCCCAUCGAACCAGCUUCCUGAAAAAUUCCAGCGGUGGAAUUUGAUGUUCUUCCUGUGGGGCGUGUUCAGAGGGAAGAGAGCAAAUAGUUUGCAAAAUUUUCCUGGAGCUGAGAAGCCAUUGAUUCAAGAUAUCCCCACACCUGCCACUUCUUUGCCAGAGAAUAUGUUCACCCCUGUGCCUAAACUGAAUUCUGCGCGUGGUAGUGCGGCAACUAAUACUGAAAUGUCUGCUGUAAAAGAGUCAGAAUCUGCAUCUUUACAUAAAAUUGUAAAUGGAAAUUGCAGUAUCCAAUCCUCUUCCCAAGUGAGUAGAGAUAAGUGUUCUCGUAUAAACGCUGAGCAGAAUGAUAAACUGGAUUCCAGUUCUAUGCAAAAUAGUGAACCAAAGUUGGGGCCGGAUAGGAGAUACUUUGGUGUUCCCCUGGGAGAAGCAGUGCACUCUUCUGUUCAAACUGCUGAAAGAGUCAGCAGUCCUAAUACGAGCCGUCCUAUGUCUGUCCAUUGGGCUGCUCCACUUGACGGAGAGAAGCUAUCAAUGUUAUCUGAUGAAACUCCAACUAUGCAGGAGGCAACUUCUGUUGGAAGCACAACAAAGAAUUUGUGUGGCAAAGAUGAUGUGAAAAUUGGACGUAUCUGCUUGGACAAUGUAUCUACUGAGGAAGCAACUCCUUUGGCAAGGCAUACGAGUAUGGAGCAGACCUUGAAUGUGAUCAGUAGUUUUGGUGUGAACCCCAAGAAACGGUCACAUUCUGCAGAGACUGUGCUGCAAUCUGCAUCAUCCUCUGGAACGAGUCAAGCGUUUUCAAGUUACAGUAAUGAUGACAUCUUGGUUGAAGAAUUCUGCCACAAAAGAGUGAAGCUCAAUUCUGAUCGAUCUUAUGGAUGUAAUGAUCAAACUAGUUGCUCAAAGGAUGGGUUCUUGUCAGAGAUGGGCGGUACAGCUUCUCAACUUUCUCGCCAGAAGAAUGAACGGGAUGAAGCUUUGAGCAAGACAGCUAUCUUGGAAACUCCAGGAAAUGCUGAGAUGUUUUUCUUCCCAGUUGAUCCACAUCCUGUGGGUAAUAUUGGUUCCAAUAAUAGCUCGAUGCCAUGGAAAGUGCAUCCUUUGGAGGAAGAUCAACUCCAUGACAAAGCACCAAAUCUUGAACUUGCUUUGGGAGCUAAAACAAAACCUCUGAUGUCCGGGAUCCCAUCCUUUUUAUCUGGGAAAGUCGAAAAGAAAAUAAUUGAGGAGAAUACCUCAGAUAAUGCAGCAACAAGUGCCAACAAGGAGGAUGUUUCUGCUUCUCUUUCACUCUCUCUCUCAUUUCCUUUCCCGGAAAAGGAGCAUGGUACUUCUUCAAAGCCUGAGCAGGAAGAUCCCAGAAGAAGGCAAGCCAAUACAUCACUGCUCCUUUUUGGGCGGCCUGAGGGAUAAAUAGGGAGAAGAACCAAUAAACGAUGUACAUUAUAGCUAGUCCUAAUGGAUUUGUUAGGUUCACAAGAUGUUCAUAAGUUUACAGGAUCUCUGUCUUUUGUUGUUUCUGCUUUCUCUUAUACUCAUAGUUUGACAGUGCCAUAGUUAAUCAGUCACGGCUGAUUGUAUAUAAAGAGGAUAUUUAGCCAUAACGGCCUCUGGCAGCAUAGAACGAAAGGUUUUUUUUUUUU